CUGGUGCUGUGGGCGGGCCACGCAGGCGCUUUGGGGGUCUCGGCGGGGAGGUGAUGGCAUCUGAAGCAGAGCCCCGCCCCCUGGGCAUGUUUGAGUGUCAGCUUUGUGCCUUAAAAGCUCCUUACAGCUAUGUCGGGCAGAAGCCCCCAGACACCCAGGCUAUUGUCCUCCUGGAGGAGAGCUACAUCAUGAAGGAUCCCUUCUCCUCAGACAAGGCCAGGUUUCUGGUCCUCGGCUCUCGGUGCAGUGUGUGCGGCAGGCUGGUGUGUGUGGGCCCGGACUGCAGCCUGUUCUACUCCAAGAGGGUCUGCCUCCCCUGUGUUCAGGAGAACAUCGGUGCUUUCCCCCAGGAAAUCCAGCGGGAUGUGGAGAAGAGAAAGGCUGCCAGCAAGAGGCACUCCAGCCAUUCCUGACUGGCAGGGGCACCGCCUUCUGUGAAGCCUUGGGCUGGGCUCGGCCAGGAUUCUGGCUGGGAGCUGUGGAUCUGGUCUUCUCUGAACUGUGUGAAAUACCUCCAGCCUCAGUAGCUGAGGAACGGGCCAAGACUGAGGACAGACAGCAGGAGUGUAUCCACCUAGAGCUCCAGGCCUGGCCUCUAGUGGAUGCCAGGAAUGAGGGAGAGGGACCUCCUUCACUUGACAGCUGGUAGACACUUCCUGUAGAUGUACAUGUGGGGAGACACCUCGCCUCUCUCCAGGACUUCCAAACAGCACGAUGUCAUCUGUCUAGGGAAAUCAGCCUGUGAGAGCCAGAGGGUAAGCAAGGGUUACGUCACAUCCUCUGUAACGCCUCAGGUGUGAUUUAAACCUUGACUCUGUAUCAUAUUUAUAACUAAAACCUGAAGGAUAA